UGGAACAAUCCCCUACAAUCCUUAGAAGCUUUAACAUGUCUUAUCGUCAAACUUGUUUCGACUUGAAAUUGCAUGUCAGUACAUGCUUUGCGAAUAUUUCGACUUGCUUAUUCAAACGACUGUUAACCAUUACGAUAAAACUAAUUCAAGACUAUAGAACGGUGUGCUACAUCAUUAAUCAAUUAAAUGGAUGCCAGUAAGUGUGAAAAGUCAGAAUUAAUGGAGGUUAUGGAUAGUGAAGACCCGAAUGCGAAUUGUGAAACUGAAUCACCAUCUGUAAGUGAAGACUCUGAGUCUUGUUAUGAACAUCUUAAACCAACUGGUGUGCAAAUUGGUACUGAUGAUUUUUCAGGAGAAUUCAACUUUGAUUUUUUUUUGGAUCCAACAGAAGUUACAAAAAGGCAUUGGAUGUAUUCUGAAAAAUUAAAUAAAAUAUUUUUGGAUAUGAAUAGAGUUGUACCGAUCCAGUUCCAUUGGAAUUUUUAUGAAACUGAGUUGUUAGGAAUGAAAAAUCUUCAAAUACGUGCUUUACUUAUUUUUGCAACUCCUGAAUUUGAACAAUUGUCCAUCAAACGAUGUCCUAUACACAUUAUACAAGAUAAAUUUUGUGAUAAAAAAAAAAUUGAACAUAUUUUAUGGUGUGAACAAUAUGACAGUAUUUAUGAAGAAGAUCCCAAAAGUCAAAGAUACAGUGUUGUUGUUCAAAUGCACGAUUGUUUUCCCUAUUCAGAAUAUAAGACUUAUAAUAUUAUGUAUAAAUUUAUGUGCAAGUCAAGUUGUUCUAUGAGUCUCAACCGAAGACCAAUUAAUGUUAUCUUUACUCUUGAAACAUCGCAAGGACAAGUAUUGGGAAGAAAAAAAAUUGGUGUAAAGAUAUGCAGUUGUCCAAAAAGGGACAGUAUGAAGGAAGAAGCAUUAGAAAAAAAAAAAACAAUAAAUUCAAUAAAAAUGUUUAAAAAACGUACUUCACAAAUUAGUAAUAAUGAUACUCCAAAGAAAAUGCCCAAAACCAACAAUGAUAAUGAAGAAAAUAAAAGUUAUGAGCUUCCUUUAUUAGCUAUUCCAACUAAAAAGUUAUAUAUUAGUACAUUGGAACUGUUACAUGGGCAUUUUUUGGGAAAUGCAGUCCGUGAAAAUAUGUUAAUUGACUCACAUCCUUUGAUUAGUAUGCUUGCUGAUUUAAUAUCUCAAGUAAAGUCUGAAAGUAAUAAUUAUCUGGUUGUGUAAAAUCUACAAAUACAUUGCAAGUCAUAUUGGGUCGACAACAAGAUAAAGGAGCCACUGAUAUAAAUAAUUUAUUAUUGUUUUGUAUGUAUCUAAAACAAAUUUUGAAUAUUACUUUAAUCAUUGCUUCUUUGAUAAAUGGAAAAACCAUAUUACCACUGAUUACAUUGAUUGCAAUUUAAUGUAAUUUGUGAUAUAAAUUAAUAAAACAGAAAGUAAAAUGCAUUUAAGAGCAGUAUACGUUAGAAUGCAAGUAUUUUUCUUUAGUUGUAAAAAGCAUGGCUUAUAUGUAUUACAAAAACAAUAUCCUAUUUUUGUAAAUUUAUUAUAUUUUACUUUUUAAAUAGAGAAAAUGAUGAUAAAACCAUCGGUGAUACCCAAGCUGUUUGGAACCAAUCAUUACUUUGGGAAACACCACAGCAGUAAUAAUGUUGUUGAAAUUGAUUCCAAAAUAUUCUCCAUACGGUAUUUGUUGAAUAUUUGCCAAGACCAGCAUGUAAGAAAUUUUUUACUUCUGAGGAAACGUCUUUUAGAGUAUUUUGUAAAGUGUUGCAGUAAUAAAUGAGAACUAUUGUUUCUAUUGCAGUUAUCACCAUAAAUGAUUUUAGCUUCAGAUUUCUUUUUGUUGAUGUAAUACUUCUAAGACAAGUCAUUUAUCUUUGUAUUAUAUUUAUUUCAAAUUAAUUUGUUAAUAAAUACAAGAAUAUUUUUGAAUUUUAA